AUGAAGGUAAUUAUAAAAGGAUUAGUUUUGCUGGUAAUUACCACUCAAUCAUUGAUGCAGUCUUGGACUUUCAACAUAUUCGAUAGCAAUAACAAUAAAUUUAACUUACCUACGAGCUUUGAAGCAAGCUUCAAGAUUUAUCAGCUAAUAGGCAGCUCCUUGAGUACUAAUCCAGUGAAAGCCUAUGUCUUCAGAUAGAGUAUAGAUCUAAAUAAAGAGUACUUUUAAGAGAGUGUAGACGUAGCUGGUGUUCUAGAGAUAAAGAAGUAUGAGAAUCUAGACUACUCGACAGGAGACAGCACCACAUAUAUGGUUAAAAAUAAUAAAUGUCAUUCAGCAAAUAUUGAAAUGGAUAAAACCUUAACUGAAUAAAUAACUACAUUAAAUGAUCCAUUUGGUGAUGCAUUAGUAGACUAUGUUGGCCAAGCUACACCUAGUUGGGAUACUGUUAGCACUGGAAAUUAAUUCUAUAGAUUUAAGUACACCGAUGUUUAUGGAAACAACGCCUACAGAUUCUAUGAUAAGGACACAGGUUUGCUAAAGUAUCAUCAAUAUUCAUUUGAAGGGACUGAUUUUGUUACUGAUUAUGAGACUAUUGAAGAAAAAACCUUCAUUGCUAGUGAAUUAGAUAUAAGCUCUUGCCCUGCUAGAAUAUGA